UAAAGAAGCUGUACAGUAUUUCACUCUGCAGUGAACUUAACAAAAGUAAGUUUUGGGAUUGAGGAAAAUGCUGCAAGGAAGCAAGGGUGGGGCCGCUCUUUUUCCAAAGCAUUUUCUCAAGCUUUCAGAAGCCGUGCCGUCUUGGGUGUAUUGGCCUUUGAAACGUGACUUCUUCCAUAAUUCAACUCUUUCUCAUUAUUGUUUAAUCUCUUUUACUAAUUUUCCCGAUUCUUUUUUCCAGGUAUUUGUUCCCUGUCAAAUCUCAUUCACCUGCUCAAAUGGGAAAAAAAUUAUAAUAUAUGAACGGAUACAAAGGGAUAGGGACGAGUAGAACCCAAAAAUAUGGUUCACAUGACAAGGGAAAGAGGGAGAAAGCCAACCUUAUUAUAUUGGCCGAGGUGUUUUACAAGUUCAAGAAUUCAACUUUUCAGCAACCGAGAACGUUUUUGAAGCCUUAAAAUAUGGGGUAUGGAGAUUACACUCGUGUGGAUUUGACUUUUAACUUUGAAGGAAUAAAAACUGCACGAAUGUAUGUGGACAGACUUACAUUUUUCCCUCUUUUCUCUCAUCCAUUUUCCUAAUUUAACACCGGGUAAUGGAUUCUAGAAUCUUUGGUUGUACUUAUUUCUUCGAUUCCUGAGAUGGCGCCUUUCAUUUAUGGCCAUAAGAAGGCAUAACGUUGUUCACUAUCAGCAUUUGCUUUAGUUCAAAGAAUCCCCAACUCACUUAGCUAUUUGAAACUUUCAUAAAUUCUGGUUUGGAGGUCCUUUAGGAGUUCUGUUGAUGGCAGUAAUUAGCCCCAAAAUCAGCUCAGUGGCUUCUAGUCCUUUCACUUCACCGAAUAUUGGGGUUUUGCUCAAGAUCAAGAUUAUUUCAUGGAGCCAAGAAACUGGUCUGCCUGUUUCUGUUCGGAUUCGAGUUGGUGAUCGGAUCUUCCACCUCCACAAGCAUCCUCUCCUAUCAAAGAGUGGAUACUUCCAGAAGAGAUUGAAUGAAUCGACCGAGUAUGAGCUUCCACCAAACUUUCCUGGAGGACCUGAAACCUUUGAGUUACUUGCACUGUUCAUCUAUGGCUCCUCUACUCUAGUUGAUCCUUUUAACGUAGCAGCCCUCCGAUGCGCUGCAGAAUUUCUUGAAAUGACAGAUGAUUACUGUUCCAGUAACCUAUGCGAACGAUUCGAUAUCUAUUUGAAUCAAGUGGUUUUCCAAAGCUGGGACGAUACACUAAUUGUACUCCAAAAGUGUCAACAAUUGCUUCCUUGGUCCGAGGAGCUGUUAAUUGUAAGCCGUUGCAUUGAAUCGCUUGCCUUCAUGGCUUGCAUGGAGAUCCUUGACCCCGAGAGAAGACGAGACCAACCAGUUGUAACAAUGGAUGCAUUGGCCAGUCAGGUUUGGAGCUGUGAAAUCGUGAAAGAAAUCUUGUGCCAAGAUCUUUGGAUCAAGGACCUCAUUGCUCUGCCAUUUGAAUUCUUCAAAAGAGUAGUGGGAUCCCUGAGAAGACAAGGUAUGAAAGAAAAAUAUGUCAGCCCCAUCAUCGUUUUCUACGCAAACAAAUGGAUUCUUUCCGAAAAAAUGCGCCAAUUCUGGGAGAGUACUGAUGAGAAGAUUGUAGAUGAUGAAGCAAAUGAAAAGGUUUCAUAUAUUUUGCAAGGUCUCCUUGAUCUUCUACCUAUGGGACAUAGAACUAGUAGAGUGGUUCCUGUAGGCUUUUACUUUGCAUUGCUUUCAAAAUCACUUGAAAUUGGCCUGAAAAGUAACAGCCUACAAAAACUGCAAGACCAGAUAGCAUCAGUAUUACAUUUUGCCCAAGUGGAAGACUUUCUUCUACCGAAAACAGGGGCAGACUCGGUUUCUUCCAGCAUCGAGUUAGCUACUAUGGAGAAGAUACUAGAGUUAUUUGUAUCUUCUAACAUGAAGAUGAAUCACAACCAUUCAGGAAGCAACUCAAUUGUGGCAGAGUUGUGGGAUGAAUAUCUAACCUAUAUAGCUCCUGAUCCAAAACUCGAUCAGAAACGAUUUGUGGAACUCAUUGAAAAAGUGCCUGGGGCGUGGCGAGAGAAUCACAAUCACCUUUAUAGGGCAGUAAAUACAUUCCUGCAGGCACAGUCGCAACUUUCCCAAGAGGACAAAUGGGCAGUAUGCAAGUACCUCAACUGCCAGAAGCUAUCACAAGAGGCGUGCAUUGAGGCUGUUCAAAAUGAGUUGAUGCCCCUUCGUUUGAUAGUCCAGGCGCUUUUCGUUCAGCAAUUGAAUACCCAACAGGUAUUCAAGGAGUGUUCAAGCUCAUUUAGGUUUGCACGUUAUGGCGAAUUCUCAGGAAGCAUUUCAAGCUCUAGAUUUCCGAACUCAAACAGCCAGAAUCUACGAGACAGUCCUUAUACAGAUGGAGCUGAUCCAAACAGAAGAACCUUAAGCUUCUUGCUACAGAAAGACCAUGUGAUCCAGACACAUGAAUCCUCUAGAAAUGAAUACGAGUCGACGAGUUUCCGAAUCCAGAAUCUGGAACAAGAGCUGAUUGCCUUGAAGAAAAGCAUUCAAUGGCAGACGUUGUCCAAGAAAACGGAGAUGUUGUCGAGCAGCAAAGCAGAAGGAAGAACAAAACUGCCUGAUGUCGAAAGUAGAUACUCGAACAAGAAAAGGAACUCACACGAACAGGUAACGGGGUGCAUCGGCUCUGUUAACUUUUCUGCUCAACGAAACUAUGCAAGUCGUCUAUUUAAGAUCUUCAGCGGAAUACGUCUAUUUGGAAGUAGGAAACAAAAAAGAAAGUCGGGAUUUCCGGCCCUUUGGCGCAGAUCGAUGUAUCAGAUUAACCAUAGGCUGGAUUUGUAAAUAAAAACUCAGAACAGUUCCUUUAUGGAGAAUGUAUAAUCAAUCUCUUGUAACCUCAAGUAUGUUAAGGAGCAAAGGAAAUAGCCAUUUAUUAUGAACUUCGACUGCA